GAGAACAUGAACGGCACAUGUCAGAUCUAAACGCGCUUUCUUCUCGAACGUAUCUCGUGUCGACAGUAUAAUAAUUGUUCAAUCUCAUAAAGUGUUGUAUAUAUAUAUAUAGUUUCAAGAACUCAUUUCUACAGAAAUGGCCCAAGGGACACUGUCAUGGCUGAACCAAGAUUUUGUGGGAAAGGCCCUCAGAAUAGGAGAGAAUGAUGACUCGAUUCAGGUGCACGAUAUAUUCACAAAAGCUGCUACGGAUAAAGGUGAUAACUAUACGAGUCAAAUGAUUCGUGUCACUGUUGAAUUAUCAAGAAAAGUUGGUAGUCGCAAUGUCACUGAGAAAAAGUCUCUUAUCAUUAAAAUUGUACCCGCUGAAGAAAAAACACGCGAAAUGGUCGAAAAAGCAGGUCUUUUUAGCACGGAAAUGAUAAUGAUGACAGAGACAUUGCCAAAGAUGAAUGAAAUUCUAGGGAACAUUAAACCAUUUAAUGCCAAAGGAUAUUACAUUCAAAAAACGAAUCCUACACUUCUUAUAUUUGACGAUUUAGCACCAAUGGGAUUUCGUAUGGCUAAUCGACAAGCUGGACUUGACAUAGAUCACAGUUUAAUGGCUCUCAGAGAACUAGCAAGGUUUCACGCAUGUUCUAUUGCAAUUUGUGAAAAGGAGCCAAAAACAAAGGAAAUUUUUAAUAAGGGAAUGUUUAAUAAUUCUCAUGGUCCAGAAAUGGGUCAAUUUUUUAAUUCAAGCGUAAAAUCAUUGGCUAAAGAAGUUGCAAAUUGGUCUGAAUUUGAUCCUGAAAUUUCAGGAAAAUUAUUAAAAUUAGGUGAAGUAGCUUACAAAAAAGGAAUUGAAGCAAGUCAAUUGAAAAAAGACGAGUUUCAUGUGAUAAAUCAUGGUGACUUUUGGGUAAAUAACAUGCUUUUCCGGUACGACAAUCAUGGGAAAGUGAUUGAUCACAUUUUCGUGGAUUUUCAAUUGUGCGUUUACGGUUCUCCGGCCAUUGAUCUUCACUAUUUCCUCAAUACAAGUGUAUCAUAUGAGGUCUAUGAGGACAGUAUGGAAUUACUUCUUAAGGAAUAUAUAAAUUCACUUUCAAAUUGGAUGCAUCUCAGUGGAUGUAAAAAAGAACCACUUUCACUUGAUGCAUUAAAAAAAAUGUUAAAAGAACGUGAAAUGUUUGGUUUAAUUGCAUCGCUUACUGUAUUGCCAAUUGUUUUAGUUAAUAAAGACGAUGCAAAGAGUUUCGAUGAAAUGUUAGAUGCCAAUGGAGAAUUUCAAGAUAGUGGCUAUUACAGUGGUAAAAUGUUUCGACAUGUUAUUGGCAAACGAUUACCAAAUUGGAAUAAAAGGGGUCUACUUGAUGUUUAAUAACAAAAAUUUUAAUAUGUCAAUUUAGGUCAAUUUUGUUAAAAGUUUUAUUUAAAUAGAAACUAAAUGUAUAAUGUAAUUAAAAAAGUUACCAAAGAUUGUUAAAUUAUUUAUAUAUCUAUAACAACAUAUGAGUAAUGAAAUUUAAAAUUGAAUUCGCGCUUAACUAAAAUAUUCUGUCUAUUUCUAGAACAAAAAUUAUAUUUGUGAUGACAAGUAAAUUUAGAGCUGUGAAUAAAAUAAAUUUCAAAAAGAC